AUGAAAUUGAACAUUGCCUUCCCAGCCAAUGGGACACAGAAAUGUAUUGAGAUAGAUGAUGAGCACAAGCUUCAAGCUUUUUACGAGAAACGUAUGGGGCAAGAAGUGGAAGGGGAUUCAGUUUCUGACGAGUUCAAAGGCUACGUCUUCAAGAUCACUGGUGGUAACGAUAAACAAGGUUUCCCUAUGAAGCAAGGAGUCAUGCAUCCAACCAGAGUCAGAUUGCUAUUGUCCAAGGGUCACUCCUGCUACAGACCAAGAAGAGUUGGAGAACGCAAAAGAAAAUCGGUACGAGGCUGCAUUGUUGCUGCUGAUUUAUCUGUUUUAUCUUUGGUAGUAGUCAGACAAGGAGAGCAACAGAUUGAGGGUCUUACAGAUGCUCAGGUUCCGAAAAAACUUGGGCCCAAGAGAGCUAACAAUAUUAGAAAGUUUUUUGGUUUGACGAAGGAAGAUGAUGUGAGGCAAUUUGUCAUCAGGCGUGAGGUUGUGAAAGGUGACAAGACCUACACAAAGGCACCUAAGAUUCAAAGAUUGAUCACUCCAGAGCGUAUUCAGAGAAAACAGCACUUGAGAGAGCUGAAAUACGAGAAUGCACGAAGACAAAAGGAUGCUGCCGCUGAAUAUGCCAAGCUGCUAGCUGAAAAAAUCCACCAACGGAAUGCGGAGAAGGCUGAGAUCAAGAAAAGAAGAGCUUCCUCUUUGAGAGCUGAAGCUUAA